AUGUCGUCGGAUGCGUCGUACUUCGCUAGUGGCGAUGAGCUCAAGUCGAUGACACAGUCGCGCGACCGGAAGAUGACGCCGUGGGGCUCCGGGGCGUGGAUCACGACGACGCUGGUUGACGAGAACGGGACGAAAUGCCCGUGCCCAGUAGGGUGCGCCGGAGAUUGCGCCGUGCGCUCCUCGUGGCUGUUCGAUGAGGUGGUGGGGAAACCUCGAACGAUUCGUCCCCUGGAAGGGACGUCGAAUCCGCCGGUGGCGAGGCUGACGGACGACACGUUGAGUCCUUGGGGGACGGUGGCGCAGUUUAACGUGUCAAAGUACAAGCAGUUCGAUAAAUGUCCGCCUCUGGAAUCGUUAGAGUGCAUCAGCUGCGAUAGUUCCACUGGUUACUAUCCGAUGGCGUUUGCCGGGGACUACUCCAUCGAGGGCAUCAAGCGCACGGGAACGGGGAUCUCUUGUUACUAUCUGGAGGUGUGCGAACGCGGCGCUUCGUGCGAUACGAAGACCACAAUCAACGAUUUGAUGGCCACCACGGGCGUUUAUGCCAGCAUUUUCCUCUUACUCGUAUGCUUGUUCACCGGUCUGCGCAAGAUUAAGUGGUUGCGCAUGGCAAUUGAUUCGGCAGCGUGGCUCGAAAAGGGCAAUCCAAAGUUCCCUCCGAGAGAGAUCCCUCUCCCAAAGCCACGCGAUGACAGUGCUUGGUCUUGGCUUUGGGACGCUUGGUAUCGUGAUAACGAGUGGAUGAAGGAGUUUACGACUCCAGACGAAUAUAUGUUGGUCCGUUGGUUCAAACUCAGCAGCAGAUUCUUCUUUGCGUCCGGUGUCCUGUGCUGUCCGCUCCUCAUACCGCUGUACGUCUCGGACACGGUUCCAUCUACGGACACGGGCGGUCGGGUCGUGGCUUCGCUUGAGCGCUCAGGGAUCGCCGAAUACACCUUACUGAAUGCACGCGGCGGUCAUUCAUUUGCAGCAGCGGUCGCUUCGUGCUGGAUCAUCAGUCUUUUCUUGAUGACAAUGAUUCGCGUUGAGUCAAGAAAGUACAUCGCAAUGAUGUGGUCGGUGAAUCCCAACAAGACGGGCAUAAAAGCGAACGCCAUCGUGGUGAAGGAUAUGCCGUUGUAUACCACGGCACCUGUUCCUAACCGGUUGGCCAAGCUCGGCGCGGUGAACCUCGCCGCUGGGCUUCGACCAGGCAAAUCGUUAAGACUAAGUAGUCGCAUGGUAAAUAUCGACGAUGAAGACGUUGGUUGCCUCGGAAAGACGAAACUCUUCCUUACGGAAGGUACGGUUCAAACAUUCACCGAAGGUAACCGUGUGCUUCGCGCUCUCUACAAAGAGGAGUCUAUGGCUCUUCUCAUCAACAAAUUUGAAAGAGUUCUCGGUAAAGACUGCAUCGCCUUCAAGAUGCUCGCGUCGGACACACGCCAACUCGACAAGGCAGCGAAUGCGUGGGCAAACGCGCGCGAGGCGCACACGAUGUGCAUGCAGGCGAUAGACGAUCUUUCAGAAAUCGAAAAAAAAGCAGACGUGCGCCUGAAGAAAUCGCAAUCAAAGCAACUUUCCAAAGCGUUACAGGAGGUUGAUGAACUGAAGCGAGCGGAGCAGCAUGCGUUCGAUACGUUCAUUAAGAUUCGCGACGAUUACAUCAAUAAUCAAGCGCCAGCCAGCAGUGCAAUCGUGGUUUUCGCUCGACAAAUGGACGCUGUCAUCGCGUCGCAAAUUCAAGUCGAUUCAGUUCCCGGCCAGUGGGCGACAGAGCCGGCCCCAGGGAACUCAGACGUGGUUUGGCACAAUCUCUCCUUGACCACAGUGGAGCGAGCCAGGAAGACCACUCAAGCGUGGCUUAUCGCUUUGAGUAUCUCCGUGUUCUUCAUGUACCCGGUGAACGCUGCAGUGUCCGCGAUCACCCAAGAGAAAACCGCCCUUGUUGAUUUCAUGGGAGAACAACUUUACAACGUUAUCUUAUCCAUCGUCCUCACCAUUUUCCUCGUCAUCGGUCACAUUCUGAGUCUGGUCGUGAGUCGACAAACCGGCUUCGUUGCGAUCAGCUCGAUGGACUCCUUCGGAGCCUCUAUGUACUUCUGGCUGUUGAUUCUGAACUUGGUGCUUGGUAACUUGAGCGAUACGCCGCUUUGGGAGAGCAUCGGGCAGUGGAUCUCAAAGCCUCACCUGUUCACGUAUCAGUUUAUUCUGAGACUGAUGAACACGAGCACCUUCUUCCUUCAAUUCCUCUUGCUUCGCUGCGCUACGUCACCUGUGCUGGAGUUGAUUCACCCGCCUGUUUUGCUUGGAUUCGUCACUAAGUGCUUGAUGUACCGCAGUCGAGCGCGCACGUGGCCAGCGUUCAAGAAGAGACUGAUCUGGGCUCAGCCAACGCCGACACCGAGUCACCGCGUUCCCGCGCAGUGCAUGCUCGUCUUCUUCAUCGGCAUGAUUUAUGCCGUCGUCUCGCCGUUACUUCUUCCCGUAUGCGGCUUGUUCUUUUUCUUCUUCUACGUCUUCUGGAAGCACAACAUUGUCUAUCACUACAUUCAGCAAUACUCUGCGGGAACAUCCAUGUGGGCGUGGCUCGUCGGUAAGAUGUAUUUCAGUCUGAUGUUCAGUCAGAUCAUGAUCGCCUUCGGUCUUCCUACCCUCGGAUAUGACACCAUGAAGUAUCGAGCGGCUAUAUUGCCGAUCAUCGCCCUCACCGCGAUCGAGUGGGCGAGGAUAAACAUUAUUCUGAAGUCGGCUUUGAAGGUUCCGGUGUACACGUCGGCAGCGAUCAAGGAGGACGUUCAUGAUGCAGACUCGGAAUUUUUCGGUGACACCAACGGAAGUGCGUCGCCGCGUCCGUCCGUCACGCCGACGAAGGAUGCGCAAGGAGAGGUGUUCAACUUGGACGACAGACAAGUCGUCGUGACGAUGACGAGUAUCAAGCAAGACAAGCGUAAGAAGAAGCAUGUCCGUGGCGUCGUUCCCGUGGACGAGAUGAAAUGGAGUGAACAUAAACACGUGAAUGUUUUGGCUAACACGCGGGAGCAAGGCAGGGAGGAGAUUGAGUACAAGGUGAAGGCGGGUUUGUGGCAAACGUACGCCCCGAGCGUGCUCUGGCCGCUCGCCGCGGAGAAAUCCGCCGGCUCCAUUUUCUUGCGACGUUGGAAGAUGAUCAAGGCUCGUAAGGAGGCGGAACAAGACAUUCUCGACACGGUGGCGCACUUACCGGACAACGAUCCGAAGAAGAUGGAGGUCAUCCGCGGGAUCGCGUUGAAGAAGCAAGCGCGUGAAAAGGCCGCGGAUCAGUUGCUCCGCAAGUCCAAGUCGCCGUACCUCACCAAGCUCAGGCAGCAGCGCGCCGCCGAGCAAGCAGCGAACGCGCAAACAAAACCGGAACCAUAG